GGUCACUGUGCGCUGCCGGGGUCAUUGUCGUCGUUGCUUCAUGUGUCUCAAACGAAGGGCGCGCUACAUACAACCGUCACAUUCUCCACUCACACACGCCGAGACACCUACUAUCGCCCGCCGCCGCUGUUCCAGGCCAGCCAGUCGCCACCCAACCACCCAACCCAACCGCGUUAUCCCCACCCACCACCCAGCACAACCCCCCCCCACACACCCCACCCACGAUGGGCCGCUCGUUCCGUGUCUACCUCGCCGGCGAGGCAGUCUUCCUGUGCCGCAAGUGCGGCAACCACCUCGCCGUGCAUGAGAAUGUCGAGAGCAAGAGCUUCCACGGGCAACACGGCAAGGCGUACCUCGUGCAGCAUGUCGUAAACACGUACACGUCCGCCAAGGCCGAAGACCGGGAAAUGCGCACCGGCGUGCACACGGUCCGCGACCUGUACUGCCAGGUGUGCCAUACGUGUGUGGGGUGGAAGUAUGACUACGCCUACACCCUAGCAGAGAAGUACAAGGAGGGCAAAUUCAUCCUCGAGCGCGAGCUGAUCACGGAGCGCGCCGACACGCGGCGCGACUUUGGCAAGCCGCGUAUCGACGAGGUGGUGGUUUCGCGGCUGUGACGCCGGGGCUGGGAGCCCCGUCUGCGUAUUACGCCUGCGGCGGCGGCCGCUGCUGCAGCUGGCCUGUGAUCUGUUGUGUGCUGCCGGCUAGUCUCUUCCUGUUGUUAGUUUGUAUGAAUGUUGUGUCAAGAG